AUGGGAGUUCCCAAAUUUUUCAGAUGGAUGAGCGAAAGGUAUCCUGCAAUUUCUCAGUUGAUUGCUGAGAACCGCAUACCAGAAUUUGAUUGUCUCUACUUCGACAUGAAUGGCAUUAUCCACAAUUGCACACAUAAAGACUCGGACGAUGCAACCUUUCGAAUGACCGAAGAGCAAAUGUUUAUUUCAAUUUUCAAUUAUAUCGAGCAUCUAUACGCUAAAAUUAAACCUAAGCAGUUAUUUUUUAUGGCCAUUGACGGGGUUGCACCUCGCGCCAAGAUGAACCAACAACGAGCACGACGGUUCAGGACAGCUCUCGACGUCGAACUAGCUAGAGAAAGAGCAAUAAGGGAGGGUAAAGAAAUCCCGAAAGAAGAUGCGUUUGAUAGCAAUUCAAUCACACCCGGUACUGAAUUUAUGCACAAGCUGACUCGUCAGCUGAAGUAUUUUAUUAACAAGAAAGUGUCAACGGAUCAGGACUGGAAAGGUGUUGACAUCGUACUUUCGGGCCAUGAAGUCCCCGGUGAGGGUGAACACAAAAUAAUGGAAUAUAUUCGAUUGGCUAAGGCACAACCAAACUACGAUCCUAACACUAGACAUUGCUUGUAUGGACUUGACGCCGAUCUGAUUAUGUUAGGCCUUUUGAGUCACGAUCCACACUUCUGCUUGUUAAGAGAAGAGGUUACUUUCGGCCGGGCUAGCAAGUCGAAAUCGAAAGAACUAGAACACCAAAAGUUCUUUCUUAUGCAUCUCUGCAUUGUACGCGAAUAUUUGGCCUUAGAGUUUCAAGAACUAAAUAAACCUGGUGCUCUAGAAUUCGGAUUCGAUAUUGAGCGAAUCAUAGAUGAUUUUAUACUUUUGGCGUUUUUUGUUGGAAAUGAUUUCUUACCAAAUCUUCCCAACCUUCACAUCAAUGAAGGAGCAUUGGGCUUGAUGUUUCAAACCUACAAGUCAAUUCUACCCGAAGCUGGUGGAUACCUAAAUGAGAGAGGAGUGAUUAAUAUGGACCGUCUAGCCAUCCUUCUCAGGGAACUUUCUCAUGUUGAGAGCCGAGUUUUUGAAACAGAAAAUUCCGACCAAAAUUGGCUUAGAUCUCUACAAAAAAGCAAAAGAGACGAAAAAAUUGCAAAUAAGACCGAAAUUGAUGGUAUCACUACCAUGACCUCACAACAAAAAGAAGUUUGGAAAAAAAUCAAGGAGUUUAUUACAAAACGCCAGACAGCGCACUUAGACUUGCCAAUAGCAUUAAAAGCUAAUGACAGGAAACUUUUUCAAGACCUCGCUGAAAAGAUAUCCCUGGAAUGGAGGACAGUCGAGAACGAAGAUGGUGAUCGACACAUGCGACUCUCUUUCCUCCCGCUUAGUGAAAAUGAAGAAGAAGUCAACAUAGCAUCGCAAAAUGAAAUACAACGGGUUAUAAAGCAGUUUGAUGACACAAAAAUUUACGAUGCAAGUAAGGCAGAGUCUAGGGCAGAGACGAGCCGCCUUUAUGACGAAAAAUUCUUAGAAUGGAAGGAUAAAUACUACAAGGGAAAAUUUGAUUGGGGGAGGAGUAACACUGUCGAACUUACCAAACUAUGCGAAAAUUAUGUCCAGGGUUUACAAUGGGUUCUAUUCUACUAUUACCGCGGUGUUGUUUCAUGGUCGUGGUUCUAUCGAUAUCACUACUCCCCCUUGAUUUCGGAUGUUAUUAAAGGAGUGGACGCUGAUUUCAAUUUUAAGCUGGGUCAGCCAUUUAGGCCUUUUGAACAACUAAUGGGUGUCCUUCCUGAUCGAAGUAAAGGUCUUAUUCCUACUGUUUAUCGUGAUUUGAUGACAGACCCGGAAUCUCCCAUCAUUGAUUUUUAUCCGCGAGAUUUUGAACUUGAUAUGAAUGGUAAAAAGAUGGAGUGGGAAGCUGUAGUCAAAAUUCCUUUCAUAGAUGAAAACCGUUUAUUGGGUGCUAUGUCCACCAGAAAUAAUAUGUUGAGCGACGAAGAAAGAAAACGAAACGACUUUGGCGUUAGCUUGAAGUUUACUUACGACUCCAAUACAAACUUUAUAUACAAAUCCUCUCUUGUUGGUAUAUUCGAAAACAUCGAUCAAUGCCGAUGUGUUGAAAAUACUUAUGACUUGCCAACUAUUGGGGGACUAGAUUAUCACAUCGGUCUCAUAGAUGGAGUAAAACUUGGGGACGCUGCCCUAGCUGGAUUCCCUAGCUUGUCGACGCUUCCUUAUAAUGCAACUCUAUGUUUCCAUGGUGUUAAUAUGUUUCAAGCAGAUAGUAGGAAUGAAAGUAUAAUAGUCACACUCGAAGAUACACCUCUACGGGCAAAUGCAGCCGCAGCCAAAAUGAAACUUGGACAACGUGUAUUUGUUGGAUAUCCAUACUUGCAAGAGGGAAAGGUAUUCAAGGUCACCGAUGAAUUGUUUACCUAUUUACCCUCAAAUGAUGGGUCUCCUCAGCCAAUUCAAAAGUCUCACUCCCAGCGAGAAAUCGAGGAAUUUAAUAAAAAAUCCGAGAGAAUCGAGGAUAAUUAUAGCAAGCGUUUAGGCAUCCUAAUAGGCCAAGUUGAAUCUAUAACUCAUGUUGAGAUACUAAAGGGAUUGAAAAAGACUGGUGAUGGUGCUGUUGUUAAGGAGUAUGGUAUUAUUCCAGGAAUAGAGGUUGAAUAUGCUUCGCAAAUUAUAGUUGACGAGGUGAUAAGCGAGGAUCCACGUUUCCUAGAGCGCGAGGCUAUUCCAAUAGAAGAAGAGUUUCCCCCUGGAACAAGCGCCUUUUUUCUCUCUCCAAUUCACUACGGACAACCUUUAGAGACUAUUGGAUUGAACGAUAAUCUUGUUGAGAUUUGGCUGUCCAAAUCAAUGGUCAAAGAACCUGACUUUGGACACCAAAUAAUUUCAGAGAAAUAUCAUGCAGAAUCAUCCUACACUCCUGCAUUUUCUGUCGCUCAAUUACUUGGCCUCAAUGCUCUCGCACUAAGUAAAAUCACAUCAUCUUUUGUAAUAUCAACGCCCGAUUCGCCUCGAUUAAACUUAGGACUAAAUUUAAAGUUUGAAUCCAAAAAACUCAAAGUACUUGGCUAUACUAGGAAGUCGGAUAGAGGAUGGGAAUAUAGUAAUAAAGCUAUUGAGCUUAUAGCGAGUUAUAUGAGCAAGUUCCCGGAAUUUUUCGCUGGCAUUCAACGUAAUGUUCGAGCUAACGAAUACCAUGAAACGGAUUUCUAUCCACCGGAGAUAGCCAGCAUAAAAAUCAAGGAGAUUGUUGCUUGGCUCAAGUCAAUAGAGUCCAAGAGCUUUGAAAAGGUACCCUUGGACGCAGAACAGCUUGAAGCUGAUGUAGUUCAGGCAAUUGAAAAGGCUUGUGAUGAUGCCUUUGAAAAUAUGUCAAAUGUUAUUUAUACGAGACUCAAAAAUGUACCAAGAAAUGCGCUCAUCAAACCCUCUGAUGCUGAAAAUCGUCUUGGUCAUCAGAAAUUUGAACUUGGUGAUCGUGUCGUGUAUGUGCAAGACUCAGGUCGUGUCCCAAUUGCCUGUCGCGGUGUGGUUGUUGGUAUUUCUCGAACAGCUAGAACUGUACUUCUUGAUGUGGUAUUUGAUGCCUCAUUUAUGAGUGGAACAGAUCUAGGUAAUCGAUGCUCACCCUAUCGUGGCUCUACCAUCCCCGCAUCAUCUGUAAUUAAUCUUACAAAUAAACAAGCUGUUGUAGGCAAUCAUCUGGAUGAGGGCCAACAAGAGACAGAAAAUAUUUCGUCCAGUGUGAAUGGUAGGUACAUUUCUUCGCAUCGACCAGGUGGGAGAGGCAAUUAUUAUAGUGCUGAAGCCCCGCCAAAAGGAAAACUUUCUUUUCGUGACGCAGCGGCAGGGAAAUACCAAAACGGCCAUAGCUAUGGCAAUACCAAUAGACCAGAGUUUAAACAGACUUACGGAUCGUUUUCUGAAAACCAUGGGCAUGUCACAUAUGGAGGGAACACACAAUCCCGUGGGAGUCCACGAGGUCGAGGUGUAAAUAUUCCAUUUCGAAGGCAAGAUGGAAGUCGAUCGCCCAUAUGUAACUUCACUGCUGUACCACCGCCAUCCAGCUUAAAUGCUGGUCGAGAUAGCCCGGGACGGGGCCGAGGAUCCGGGAGAGGUCGAGCUGAAAAUCGGGGCUCGAGGUGGCGUGGUACGUAG